AUGGUUUCCAGAAGAGCUUCAAAAGACGCACCCAUAGUCAUAGUUGGCGCUGGUGUUUUCGGCUUAUCUACUGCCCUCGAGCUGAAAAAGCGGGGCUACCGUCACAUCACCGUCCUCGACCGCUUCCUCCCUCCCGUUGCGGAUGGCAGCAGCGUUGACAUCUCGCGUAUUAUCCGCGUGGACUAUGCCGAUCCCGUCUAUGGCCAGAUGGCCCGCGAGGCAUACCAGGGCUGGACUACGGAGUACUCCGACCACUAUCACGAGUCUGGCUUCGUCAUGCUAGCGGACCAGAAGGGCAACGCCUGGCUUGACAAGGCGAAAGAGGUUGCUGCCAAGACGGGCCAGACUCUUACGAGCUAUGAGGAUGCCAAUCAUGUCCGAAAAGACUUCCCCAGUGCCCAGGCCAACUUUGAUGGUCUCCAAGCGUGUAUCAAUCACAAGGGCGGAUGGGCGGACGCCAAAGGAGCCAUAGCACAGCUGGCUUCGCAAUGCAGCUUGCUCGGAGUCCAAUUCAUCUCAGGAGCCCGUGGUACCGUGGAAUCGCUCAAAAUAGAGCAGGAUAAGGUCGUUGGCGUGAACGUCGUUGAAGGACCACCAGUUUUGGGUGACCAGGUCAUCCUCGCGACAGGCGCUUGGACGAACCGAAUCGUGCACAUAAGCAGCGCUACCUCGGCGUCCGGUCAACCUGUAGGCUUCAUGAAGCUCACGGAGGAAGAGGCUCAAAGGCUCAAGGAUAUGCCUGUGAUAAUCAACUUCAACACUGGCGUUUUCAUCUUCCCGCCUACGAAGGGAAAGAACCCCAUUCUCAAAUUUGCACGCCACGGUUACGGAUAUGCAACCGAAGUUCGUGUCGGUGACAAAGAAAAGACGGCUUCGGAGAGGUUCAUAUCGGCGCCGAAGCGGGACGAAAGCAACGCGACAAGCGGAUACCUCCCAGACGACGCGGAUAAGGGCUUGCGUGAUGGCGUGCAGCAGCUUGCGCCGGAGUUCGCGACGCGGCCAUGGUCGAACCGAAGGUUGUGCUGGUACUCUGACACCCCAGAGGGAGAUUUCAUUAUGGAUUACCAUCCUUCGAUGGAAGGACUGUUUGUCGCUACUGGUGGCGCGGGACAUGCAUUCAAGUUUCUCCCUGUUCUAGGCAGGUACAUUACCGACUGUUUCGAAGAAAAGGCGUCGGGCGAGCUGAGGCACAAAUGGAGACUGCGAGAGUCUGAUGGAAAGUCAGAGGAGCUCAAACUGGGUGAUGGCAGUCGUGGUGGGCCGCCUCUGCGUAAGCUGACAGCUGCGGAGCAGUCCAAGUUAUAG